GUUGUCAUAAUUUGGCGCGAUUUUAUGUUGUCGCCGGGCUUUGUUAAGUUUUAAGUUAUUCUAAAAACUUUUUAAAAUUACUCAAUUACUGUAAGAUCAACAGAACUAAAUUAUUAUGAAGUGUACCAUACCAGAAAUAUCCUGGCAUAACAAAGAACCAGUCUUAAGUGUCGAUAUUCAUCCUAUUUCAAAUGGUCAUUAUAGGCUGGCCUCAGGUGGUGUAGACAGUCAUAUUCUGAUAUGGCAGCUGAUUAUAAGUGAAAAUGGAUCAGUUAAACAAGAAUUGGUAUCAGAUUUAACUAGGCAUCAGAGAUCAGUCAAUAUUGUAAGAUGGUCACCGUCAGGACAGUAUCUAGCAUCUGCAGAUGAUGAUGCAAAUAUCAUAGUAUGGCAGUUAAAAAACGACAAUAUCCCCCUUUUAGAAGGAGAUACUGAUGACAAAGAAAUUUGGAUUGUUUAUAAGGUCUUACGAGGACACAAAGAAGAUAUCUAUGAUUUAUGUUGGUCUGUAGAUAAUACGAAAUUGUUAUCAGGUUCUGUGGACAAUACUGCCGUUUUAUGGGACCUCACAAAAGGGAAAAUGGAUCAUAUUAUGUCUGACCAUAAGGGUUUUGUCCAGGGAGUAGCUUGGGACCCAAAAAACCAAAUCUUAGCAACAAUCAGUACUGAUAGAAUAUGCAGAAUUUUCGAUGUAACAGGCAAACAUGUAAAAAGCAGAAUUCAUAAAGGAAAAUUGCCCGUACCUAAUGACCAUUUUCUCUAUGAAAAAGAGUGUAAAUUUUUUUAUGACGACACUUUCAAAUCGUUUUUCCGAAGACUUCAGUUCACCCCAGAUGGUUCGUUACUUAUUGUACCUUCGGGGCAUUUUCAGGACGAGGAAUGUAAGAAGAUUAUCAAUUCCAGUUUAAUUUUUACAUUGGAUAAUUGGGCUGAACCCGCAGCAAUUCUACCAUUGGACAACCAAAGCAGCACAACAGUACGGUGCUGCCCUCUACUUUUUUGCCUUCGAGACGACGGACCAGAAUCUUUGGUGAACCUUCCCUACAGGAUGAUAUUUGCUGUAGGAACCGAUCAUGAUAUUAUACUUUAUGAUACUCAACAAACGAAACCUUUCGCUCGAUUUCACGAAAUUCAUUAUACCAGAAUUACAGAUCUGACCUGGUCUGCAGAUGGUCUAAUUUUAAUAGCUUCCUCUACCGACGGUUUCUGUACCAUAAUUACUUUUGAGCAGGAAGAACUCGGUAAAGUAUACACGAAAGAGGAAAGUGACGAUGAACUGAGUAAUAUGGAAUGUAGCGAAAUCCCUCCAGUAGACACUACAGAUAAAGAUGAAAAUGUUGACAUUACUAAUAAAACCGAUAAGGAAGAAACGAAAAAAGAAGUCAAGAAAAGACCUAGUUUUAUCCAACAGUGGGUACAAAAUACACCUAAAAAAGCGAAGGUGGAAAAGAAAAACGUCACUGAUUGUGGAGAUAUUAUAGAACUAGAUGAUGAUGAAGAUAAUGAUGACGAAAAACCAAAAGAACUGUCCAAAGAGAUAAAAGAUGAAAUACACAAGCUGCUACCUAGGCGAAUAGCUCCCAUUAAAAUAGAUGAAGUCAGUAAAAGCUCUAAGACUGAAGCUAAACCUAUUGAAGUUAGAAGAAAACCACGGGAAAUAGAAAAUAAUGAAACUAACGUAUCUAAGACAGAAUUAAAAGAUAUUAGAUCAGACGCAAAGCCUAUUGAAGUUAGGAGAAAACCCAGAGCAGAAAAUAGUAAACCAAAUGAAGCUGGCGAUAAAAAAGAUGAAGCAAAACCUAUUGAGGUCAGAAGAAAACCAAAAGAAGAAAAUAAUAAACCUAGUGAAUCUGAAGAAAAAAAAGUAGAAGCCAAACCUAUUGAGGUCAGAAGAAAGUCAAAAGAGGAAGAAAUCAAAUCUAAUGAAGCUGGAGUCCAAAAAAUGGAAGCGAAGCCUAUUGAGGCCAGAAGAAAGCCAAAAGAAGAAGAGUGUAGUAAAUCUAAUGAACCUGGACGCGAAAAGGUGGAUGAGAAUCCUACAGUAGAAGCAAAUAAUAAAUCUAGCGAGUCUGGAGACAAAAAAAUAGAAGCAAAGCCUAUUGAAGUGCGAAGGAAACCGAGAGAACUAACAAAUACUCAAUCUCAAAAACCUAAAGCAGCGUCUACAAUAAUAAAUAUGUUAAUUCCUCGAAGAAUUACACCCAAAAAAGUUGAAGAUAAUGUAACAGUCAAACCAAAUGAUGAUAAGGAUAAAAUACUUAAAGUAGUUCUUACACCUUUCAAUUUAAAUGAUAUUAGCCAUAAUACUACAAGCAAAGACGAUUGUACUGAACAGAUAAGUAAUGACAAAAUUGACAGUAGUUGUGAAGAAAAAACAGAAAAAAAUACAAGUAAUAGCCCUGAAGAUUUGAACUCCGACCAAAAAAGUAAAGAAGAAAUUAUAGUUUUAGAUGACAAUAGCAAGGAUAAAGAAGUAGACCAAAAAACUAAUUUGUUAAGUACUCCUAGCAAAAAGACUACAAACACUUCCUCACAAAAUAAAAGUAACAAAAAGAAAAAUGUUUCGAAUGGCAUAAAAUCAAAAAAUAAAAACACAUCCAGUGUUACCAACAGCAGCAUUACACCUUCAAAGCCAACCUCGAGUACAAGUAUGUCAUCCGCAGAUAAAAAAGCGUCCUCCCUUAAGAAGAAAGAUCCCCCAAAAAUCAAAGUAGGUUCCCUUAUUCCAAAAAAAUUGAGCACAACCCCUUCUAAAAGCAAUCCGUUGCUGGACUUCUUAAAGAAAUCCAGUGACAAAAAGAAAAAUAAACCAGAGCCUGUUAUUGCCCAGAACGUUGAUUUGACCUUGGAUGACAUUGAAGCUAGAGACGGAUUUGGUGACGAAGUUGCUAAGAAAAAUGUCCCCGUGGUACCGGAUGCUGUACCUAUGGAAGAUGACUUCACUGAAGAUUUUUGUCUUCAGCUUGAAGAUACUCAAGACGACAAAACAGACAAGCAAAGUGAGUGUAAGAAAAUGGACGUAGAUAAAGUUGAUGUAGAUCAGAAUGAUGCACAGAUAAAUAGGAUCAUAGAAGUAUCAGAUGAAAGUAGUUCGCCGAAACAAAAGAAAACCGAUGAGAAUGUGGUACAAAAGAUGCCUCGGAGGGUGCCCUUAAUCACUUUAGCCAGCCCUAAAGGAAAGAAGAAGCCCUCUACUACGGAGAAAAACUCGAAUUGAUGAGGUUGUUGGUCUGUUGUGGUUGCUAAUAAUACUGUUGUGUUAAAAUUGAAAGUUUAUAAUGAAAAUUUUAAGAUGGGAACGGGGCGAGAUUGUUACUUUUGGUUUUGAUUUAUACACACACCGGCAAAAUUAGCCGAACACGUUAAAAAUGGGACAUGUUUGAUGUCUCGUAUUUCAUAAACCAGUGGUCCGAUUUGAGUGAUUCUUUUAGUAUGUUAUAGCCUUAUUAUUUAAUAAUAUCGUUGUAAUAAUAUUGUUGCUAGAUAGGUAAAUACCAUUUUAUACCGGGUGUACCAAUCAUACUGUGUUUUUUUCUUAAAGUUUGGAACACCCUGUGGAAUAUUCUAGCAUAUGUAAAAUAUUAGAAUUAAUACUCGAUUGUAGACAUAGGCUUGCUUAACAUUUUCCUUUUCGAUUCAUUUACUUAUGUGAGAUAAUAAAAAAGUUAUGUGCGUUAACAACUAUCCAUGUUUUUCAUCAAUAAAUUCUCAUAGUAGGGGAGAAAAGUAUACUAAAUUUGCAGUUACUCGAGAGUUAUGGAAACCUAUUGGAUUGUGAAGAGUAUGUGCUAAAAUCAGAAAAAGGUUAAGUUAAGUUUUCCAUAAAGUGGGGGACUUUUCAUUUUUUAAUUUAAUUUUCCAUUUGAAACAAUCAUUUUUCUCCGAUUAUAGCGCUAUCUAUCCAUAAUUCGAAUAAAUAUGUCGAAUAAAAGUUGCUUAUUUUUACGUAAAGAAUCCAAAUCUGCAAUAAAAAUUGGGGCUCCUAUUUAAGAUUUUAAAUUAAAUACCACACCCCACCUCCGUGGUGGCUCGUGACACUCCACGGAGAGGGGUGGGGGUAAAUUAAAAAUUAUAAAUACGAACCCUGCGAUAUUUUGCGAAAUGAACAUCAGAUCGUAAAACUGCAAAAUACACCUAUUCAAUAUUUUUCAAAAAUCUACCGAAUGGCACCAAACACGACCCCCCACGAAGGUGGGGUGGGGGGUUACAUUAAAAUAUAAAAUAGGAGCCCCAAUUUUUAUUGCAGAUUUGGAUCCUUGACGUAAAAAUAAGCAACUUUUAUUCGCAACAUUUUUUCCUAUUAUGGAUAAAUAGCGCCAUAAUCGGAAAAAACGAUUGGUGGAAAUGGAAAAUUAAAUUGAAAAAUGGAGAGUCCCACACUUUAUGGAAAACUUAACUUAACUUUUUUUGGUUGUAGCACCCACUCUUCACAAUCCACUCCAGGUCACAAGAUCGCUCGAGUAAUUGCAAAUUUAGCAUACUUUUCUCCCCUACUAUGAGGAUUUAUUGAUAAAAAACAUGGCUAGUUGUUAAAGCACAUAACUUUUUUAUUUUCCAACAUAAGCAAAUGAAUCAAAAAAGAAAAUGUUAAGAAAGCAUAAUUCUACAAACGAGUUUAAAGUUUAAUAUUUUAUACAUUCUGGAAUAUUCCACAGGGCGUUCCGAACUUUAAGAAAAAAACACAGUAUGCUUGUUACACCCGGUAUAAACUGACAUUUACCUGCCUAGCAACAAUAUUAUUACACCGAUAUUCUUAAAUAAUAAGGCUAUAACAUACCAAAAGAAUCACUCAAAUCGGACCACUGGUUUAUGAAAUACGAGACAUCAAACAUGUCCCAUUUUUAACGUGUUCGGCUAAUUUUGCCGGUGUGUGUAUGUGUAUAUAGAGUUGAAAAUAAUUAUAGAAGACGGAUAAACUGACACAUUUAAAAAAAAAUUGCUACAAACGUUGUACUUUAUCAAUAACGAAUAGGAGCUGUAUGGUUACUGGAAAAAAAACUGUACCUGUAACCUCCAAGCGGUUAAUAGUAGAUAUUUCCAAUGUCCAUGCUUCGACACCGUAUGAGACAACUGACCAUAUGUAAUAUUUUUAAUGAUGCUUUUCCGAAGUCGAAGUUUCAAGAUAUCUUUACAGAAGUGUGACAUUAUUUUCAGGGCCGCCCAGAGCCAGGCCGGGCCCCGGGGAUGAGACCCGGCCGCCCCCCCCCCAAACCCAGUUGAACGAAAAUUCCCAAAAAUCUGAUAACUCAUAAACUGGGAUAUGUAAUAGUGAAUACUCAUGCUAUUGACACAGGAAGGAAGAAAAUUAAAACAGUUUUAACAAUUAAACUUUGUUUUUAAUUAUUUACAAUAGAACUGUUAUUUACAACAUAACUUUUCUUGCUUUCAUAUCUACAAAGUUUUGGAUCACGUGGUCGAAAUCAAGAGUUUUUGCAAGUUUCGACUCUAUGCUUAACAGUCCCAAAUCAGAUAAUCGUUGUUGACCCAUAGUAGAUCUUAAACUUAUAUUAUUGCCUUAUUGCCUUUUCCAAAUGCAUAAUAUUCCUUAUAAUAAUUUCAUAAUUAAAACCGCAAGCAAAUUCAAUCUGUUGUAAAAUAUUUUAAUAAAAGGAAUUUUUUUAAAUUUGCUAACGGCCGGGCCCCCUUGGGCCCCGGGCCCCGGGAAUUUUGCCCCCCCUGCCCCCCCCCUGGUCGGGCCUGAUUAUUUUUAAAAAGAAGUUCUGACGCGAGCCAUCUCAUUUAUACAUUUUACCUAUUUCUACUUCUUUUAUGAUUUUCUGUUCGACUCUAAAUACAGAUUUAAUUAUUAUUUUCCUUUUACGGUGCAAUAGAAGUACUAUACUUACGGGCAGUAAUCAAAAAGUUUCAGGAUUAACGCUUAUAAUAAAAUUUUGUAUAUAUAAACAUAUAAAUCAAUCAACAUUAUCCCCUUCAAGAUUGGUAUUAUCAUUGACAACGUAUGCACUCCUCCCAACAUGUCAAUUUUCUCUGUCAUGUCAAAGAUCUCUUAUGUUUGAGAAACAAAGAAAAAGUCUGUGGGAUACAAGUCUGGUGGGUAGAGGGGCUAGGAGACGAAAGUCACGUUUUUUUGAAAAAUGUGCUGAAUAAACUCGGCUCCCGCUUCCCUAUGUCUCCGGUCUCUUUAUUCACACAGCUGCAACAAGUCAAUUUGGACCAAGUGGCGCCGGUUGACAAAUUGAAACGUGACAAUUUAGAAGUCCUGAAACUUAAUGAUCAACUUCUGUAUAUGUAGUAAUUUGGAUUUUAACUUUUUACAUAAACUAAAUUAAUUUUUCUAUUUGCAUUAUUGGCACCCUCAUUGUACAAUUUUAUUUAUUUAUUUAGGAACUGUAUUCAACAAUCAAUAUAUUUAUAGUUUUCGAAAUAGGACAAUAUGGCUUUUUAUAAGAUUUGUAAUCAUUGUGAAUAGACUGUAUAUAAUUUUUAUAUAAGUAAAAAUAUACGAUUUUUAUAUAUAA